AAUAUCUUGAAUAUUCCAUUGGUGAAUAAAAAAAAAACGAAGUUAGGUGUUUCUAGACUAGUGCUAGGUGUAUUUUACUUAGUUAAUUAAGAUUAAAAAAGAAUAUUCGGAUGUACUACUGACAGAUGAUAGCUGUUAGAUACGCUACACGUAUAAAACUAAAAUAGGCAAGGGACACGACACCGAUGGUCCGAUCUCAAACCUGUGGUGACGUCUGAAUCUCUCCCGAAUCUCAAGUAAUCAUGGAGAGGCUAACAUCUCCUGCUCGUCUCAUGAUAGUCUCGGAUCUUGAUCACACCAUGGUUGAUCAUCACGAUCCUGAGAACCUCUCUCUGCUCAGAUUCAACUCGCUAUGGGAACACGCUUAUCGCCACGACUCUCUUCUCGUCUUUUCAACGGGGAGAUCACCGACUCUGUACAAAGAACUCAGAAAGGAGAAGCCUUUACUGACCCCUGACGUUACCAUCAUGUCUGUAGGGACUGAGAUUACUUAUGGUAACUCCAUGGUUCCUGAUCAUGGUUGGGUUGAUGCCUUGAAUCAUAAAUGGGACUUGGGGGUUGUUAAAGAAGAGACCGGCAAGUUCUCUGAGUUAACUCUUCAGGCAGAGACUGAGCAGAGGCCACACAAGGUUAGCUUUUACGUUGACAAGAGUAAGGCUCAGGAAGUGGCCAAGGAGCUGUCACAGCGGUUGGAGAAACGUGGGUUGGAUGUCAAAAUAAUCUACAGCGGUGGAAUGGAUUUAGACAUCUUACCACAAGGUGCUGGAAAGGGACAAGCCCUUGCAUACCUCCUCAAGAAGCUCAAGAGUGAAGGAAAGCUCCCUGUCAACACUCUUGCCUGUGGAGACUCCGGGAACGAUGCCGAACUCUUCAGCAUUCCCGAUGUCUACGGCGUCAUGGUAAGCAAUGCUCAAGAAGAGCUCUUGAAGUGGCACGCUGAGAACGCCAAAGACAAUCCAAAGGUGAUCCAUGCCAAGGAGAGGUGUGCAGGUGGGAUCAUACAAGCCAUUGGCGAGUUCAAGCUUGGUCCAAACCUUUCUCCGAGAGAUGUCUCUGAUUUCUUGGAGUGCAAGGUGGAGAAUGUGAACCCUGGUCAUGAGGUUGUGAAGUUUUUCUUGUUUUAUGAGAGGUGGAGACGCGGUGAGGUUGAGAACUCGGAGGCGUAUGCGGCGAGCCUCAAAGCUUCUUGUCAACCUGGUGGUGUGUUUGUGCAUCCGUCAGGUGCUGAGAAGUCUCUGAUAGAUACUAUUGGUGAGCUAAGGAAGCACCAUGGAGACAAGCAAGGGAAGAAGUUUCGGGUUUGGGUUGAUCAAGUCUUGGCUACAGAGACUGCUCCUGGGACAUGGAUGGUAAAGCUUGAUAAGUGGGAGCAGAGUGGUGAUGAACGCAUAGGCUGCACAACAACUGUAAAAUUCACCGCAAAGGAAGGGGAAGGGUUGGUGUGGGAACAUGUAGAGCAAACAUGGUCGGAGGAAUCAAAGUUGAAGGAUGAUAGCAGCUGGAUCAUCUGAAUCACCCAAUCUCUCUCCACAGAUUAAAUUAUAUUUUCUUCUCUUAUGAAUCUCUGCCAUAAACUAUUAAAACUUUGGCUUUAACACACGAGAUCCAAUAAAACUUUGCCUUGUUAAAACUUGGUUCUUAAUACUCAUCUACAUGAUACAUCUAUUAUCUAUAUAUCCAAGUAAACUGUUUUCUUAAACCCUUUAGGACGGU